AUGGUGGCACACGACUGCCCCUCAGAUCCACCCACACCGCCCUCAGUGGAAAACUGCUCAGGGGGUGGGCGGAGCAGACAUUCGGUGAAGGCCAGAGUCAAUGCAAACCGCAAGAAAAGUAAAAAGAAAGGUUCUAAAGCAAACCAGGACGGUGGUCUCCAGAGCCUCUCUGCAGAGGAGAGGGGCAGGAGGCUGUUCCAGGCGGCUGAGCGGGGUGCAGUGGGGGAGCUGAGGGCGCUGAUCGCCGCUGGGGCCGACUUGGCGGCGAGGGGCGGGGGUGGGUGGACCGCCCUGCACUGGGCAGCGUGCAGGGGAGUCGUCAAGGCGGUGAGGCUGCUGGUGGGGGCGGGGGCGGCGGUGGACGCCAGGAACAGCAGGGGGACGACUCCGCUGCACGUUGCGGCAUUCUAUGCCCACGCAGAAGCGACGGCUGCGCUGCUCGACGCGGGGGCCGACAGGGGGGCCACAACUCGUCGUGGGCGGACAGCGCUGGACAUGGCCAGGCAGAACAAGCACAGGCGGCUGGUGAAGAUGCUGUCAUGA